UUCAGUGGUAAGCUGGUUUCUCCAAAAUGGAAGAACUUCAAGGGCCUGAAGCUACAAUGGAGAGACAAAAUCCGUCUAAACAAUGCAAUAUGGCGAGCGUGGUACAUGCAAUACAUAGAGAAACGACAGAAUCCAGUGUGCCAUUUUGUGACUCCUUUGGAUGCAUCAGUUGAUUUUGAUGAACAUAGGAGACCAGAGGCCAUUGCUACAGAAGGAAGGUACUGGAAAAGGAGGAUAGAGAUUGUAGUGAGAGAAUACCACAAGUGGAGAACCUAUUUUAAAAAAAGGUUACAGAAGCACAGAGAUGAAGAUCUCUCAAGCUUGGUUAAAGAUGAUGACAUUGGUGCUGCAGUGCCAAUGGAGGAGGAGCCUCUCCUGGACAUGGAGAUGCUUAUGGCGGAGUUCAGUGACACUUUAUUUUCUACUAUUUAUUCGCAUCAGCACAACCCAAAAGAGAUUGCACAUUCGGGGAAUGCAGAUAUGAUUCAACCAGAGCUUUUUCCACUUCAGCCCAACUUGGAUUUGAUGGACACUUUUGAAUCUUUCCAAGAUCUUUUCUCUGGCAACCGUCUGCCAUCUACUUUGUUUACUUCUGCCUCUUCUGUACCUGCCGUCCCACUGUCUGACCCUGCUUUGCAUUCCUGUAACCAGACAUUGGCGCCUCCUGUCUCGCCAUCUUCUAGCAGCCUUGCACCUGUAAAUCUUGAUGAGGAAUUGAUCCCAUCCCCAGGUCCUCCUUCCAUCCUUCCCCGAGUCCCUGAAGUGAGGAGGGAACGGGCAUCCAGUCUGGGCAGUAUUUCUUCUGUUCAUGGACCAGUCAAGUUUAACUCAGAGACUUCUAUUAACAACCAGCAUGGUUUUGUCCCAGUGUGCCCUCCUCCAGUUACAAUCUUCCAGACGCCGCCUGGUCAACAAACAUUGCCUCCGAAUCCUCGCCUGGCACCCCAGUCCUCUUUUGUUAGCUCGGACGCUGAUAAGUUUCACAUGUGUAACGCCUCAGUUAUUACGCACACGGCUUCUGCCACACUUACCCAUAAUCCUUCUGCAACUACCUUCAGUCAGAGCCAGAACCUUAUACUCACAACGCAGCAACACGUGCCUUGUAACAUUUCAGUGCAAACUGCUGGGGUAAUGCAACAGACUGCUCCCCAAUCCCAUGGGUACUUUACUUUUUCAAGCUCUGGAGCUAAGCAGAAAAAGCAGCCUCCAAAAAUUGUGCCUGCUCCUCAACAAGAGACUGUAUCUUUGCUUUUUACUCCCGCAUCAUUUUCAGGUCAGACUCAAGCUGUGAUAGUAUCUCCAGCCUCCCUUAAGUCAGACACCAUGCUGGCACCAAGAAUUACUCAGUCCAGUGUUGUGAUUGCACCAGCAGGCCUUGCAGGGUCUUCUGGAGUACCAGAGUUCCAUGGCAGUAUUCUUGUUGGACCAGCUCAGCAAUCUCAGGGCACCCAGAAGUCUCAGUCUGCUGUGUCUCAACUCUUUUCCAGUCCAACUCAAGACAUCCUGGUGAAGAGAGAGAUGUCCUCCCAGAACUGCAGCACUGCACCUUCUCCUUCAUCCUAUCGGGAUUGUCACAGCUCAAGACAGGGGUCGCCAUGUGCAUCUGAACACAGCCUCAGCCCUCCACAAAGCUCAGGAAAAACCUCAUCUGACUCUCAGUGCUCUGGAUACAAGAAUGAAAGAUUGAAGCAUAUUUCUGCAGAACAGAAGAGGAGAUUUAAUAUAAAGACUGCCUUCAACACACUGCACAGUUUUGUUUCCUCAAGCUCCAAGCCGAUCAGCCAUGCGAUCACACUACAGAAGACAGUGGAAUAUAUUGCCAAACUGCAGCAAGAGAGGGCCAACGCAUUGGAAGAGACCAGACGACUCAGGGAGAAGAAGUAGAAGAGUUGAACAUUGCCAUCAAUUCCUGUCAGCAGCAACUUCCAGCCACUGGUGUACCCAUAACUCCACAAAGAACAAACCAUAUGAGGGAUCUGUUUGAAAAGUAUGUGCAGAGAAGAACGUUUCAAAAUUGGAAGUUCUGGAUUUUCAGCAUCAUUAUAAAGCCUUUGUUUGACUCUUUCAAUGACAUGGUAUCUACAGCUAGCAUAGAAGAAUUAUACAGCACUACUAAAGAAUGGCUGGAACAUCAUUGCUCCCUCCCUGCAUUGAGGCCCAUGGUGCUAAGUACACUGCGUCAUUUGAGCACAACAACCUCCAUCUUGACUGACCCAUCAAGCCUGCCGGAGCAAGCCAAGCAGGCUGUCCGUAAAGACAGUAAGGGUGCUGGUGGUACAUAA